ACAUCAGGAUUCGUGCGGGGGACACGUGGGUGAGGAUGCAUUCGAUACGUAACACGAGUGUAUCACCGCGGACUUUCCUGGAAGACCGACCACAUUUCGUUAGCCUCUAUCAGAAGGCUAAAAUUAUUCAUGCAGCUGAUGAGAAAUUUAGGAAGACGUGGGACUAUUUAACUCGCAAAUUAUUGAUUAAGAAACAUGCAAGCUUUAAUCAAAUGAAUCGGAAAUGUCGAGACAAUGUCACAAUCCAAAGUGCAUCGGAAGUAAAAACAGAUUGACCAGUCAUAAAUACAAGAAUAAAGAGGAAGAUCCGAGACCGCCAUCGACGUCACAUCGAAAUUCUUGGAACAAUACCAUCGUAUCGCGAAAUAAAAGGACGCAGAAACAUACGAAGCUGAAGUCAAAGCGUUCCAGAGACGAUUCGAAAAGCUUGAGAGCAUCGUCGAACGAGUUGAGAAAUUACAUCAAUAAAAAAGGCCAGACUUCGCGAUCAAUCUCUCAAAGUUCGACUUCGUCACGGAAGUUAUGCACAACGAAGAGCGCGAAGCCGAAGCCGUUCAGACAAGUUUCUACCAGUUCUCGGGAUUACAGGAAGCAAAUAUGUACCUGUCGAAAAGAGCGUCGCGGUACUCGGAGCGGAAAUUCGCACGAACACGCGAAUUUGCAGAGUACGCCUGCGGGGAGGAGGAGCGAGAGGCGAAGGAAAAGAUCACGUCGACGACGUAAAAAGACUUCGGCGAGAGAAAGCGAUCGGCCAAGGCGCAAUUGUUUCGCGACGCUUUGCGUCUGUGUGCGAGGUCGCCGCUCGGAUGAGUUAAGAGCUUGCAUGUCGUCUCAUGAGAUUUCUUCACCUCGCGAAUGCAGUUCUGUUAAAGAUAGAAAAAAAGGGAAGAAACUAACACGCAGAACCACAUUAAAGAAUGAUACACAAGUGGAUGGAUAUACUGCAGAUCCAUCGACCAGCAGGAGAAAAUCUGUAUUUAAAUAUUCGCAAGAAUUAUCGUCAGUAAAACUAAAGGCAGAACAGAACAUGAUUGUCAAAGGAUUCAAUACCCUUCGUAGAGGAAUUAAUAGAUUUGGUGCUUACGCUAUUAGACUGAACCGAAGAGAUGCCGCCUAAUCCAAUGCCGCGUCUAAUACCGCCCCGCCCUCUAGUCGUGGGAGCUGCAGACU